AAGUUUUCAAAGACUGCAGCACACAUUGUACUUCUGGUUCUGUGUGCAGAGUCUCAUGACCCACACAUACACUCUUAUGCACACACUCACACACACACACACACACACACACACACACACACACUAGCAAGCACAUAACCAUUCGUUCACGACGCAGCAGGCACACAUGUGUUGGAUAUUAUGAGCAGAGGUGUUCUUGACAUGCUCAUUGGUUCAUUAACUUACAACACUAUGUGUAGUGGUGGACUUUGAACCUGAAGGGAAUGAGAGGCUGGACGAGAAGAGAAGACAAGACGAGAGAGGACGAGGGAAAAAGAAGAAGAGAAACAUCUGUGACAAGAAGGAGAAUGGGAUAGCAAAAAGCAAAAAAGAAACUUAAAAAAUAGUGGUUGGACAUGGGCAGAGAGAGACUCACCUGGGGUUUGCUGCUGCGUUUAUGUGUGCUGCUCACGGCUGUGUGUGUGUGCAUUCAUGUUUACUUGGAGACAGGUUGGCGUGGAACACCUGCACCCCUUGCACUGGAACAUCCCAUCCUGUCUAGCCAGAACCGGGGCCAACAAAGCAGAACCAAACAGGUCCCUGCAGAGGCAGGCAAACAGGACAGAAGCAUUAAAAGGAGAAUCUCAUACGUCCGGACUCUCAAGAAGGACAGGAAGAGAGACGAGGACAAAGAAGACCCCUCGCCCCCAUGCUGCCAACCUCCCCGCCCACACAGAAAGGCUCCUCGCUGGCAUAUAGACCUGGAGCCCUGGGCCAGUGAGAGUCAUUCUCUGGAGGAUGAAGCUAAAAGGUUCCUCGACUACAUCACAACACCACAAGUUUCUUGUGCAUCGCUGUUCAAAGGGGAAGCUACUCAGGAGGGAACCCAAGGAUCCUGGACUGCGUGCCUGGACCCCAAAUACAGCCUGACCAACAGGAUACACAGCAAACACUGCAGGGUUUACUCCUUUGGGUUGGGCGUGGAUGAUCGCUCCCUGGAGCGUUCUCUGGCAGGUGCAGGAUGUGAAGUCCACUGCUUUGAUCCCAGCCUGAAGCAGCCUCACCUCCAGCAGGAUGAAAUGUGGCUCCAUCGGCUCUCUGUAGACUGGAGAGAUCCUAACCCGGCCAUUGUCGCCCAGCGACAGCACGCCAACACAAAGAAACUUGCCACCAUCCUGAAUGACUUUGGACACAGACAGGUGGAUGUACUGAAGGCCGACAUGGAGAGCGCAGAGUGGAAGAUUUUGGAGAAUCUGGUCCUGGAAGGAGUUCUGGACUCGGUGGGUCAGCUGUUGUUGGAGCUUCACCUGCACUGGGCGGGCUUCGAGGUGGGCGGCGAUGACCCAUCCGUGGUGCGGUACUGGUUCAGCCUACUGAAGGAGCUGGAGCGCGCCAGCUUCCGCCUCUUCCAUGUGAACAGCGAUCCUGCCAAACCUCACCUCUUUCUGCAUAAAAAUGUCUUGAACGCCAGCAGCGCUUACACACUGAGCUGGGUGAACGCAGAGUCGAUGCCUUGAAGGAUGCCAGAUUGGUAAAAAAUUCUGGAACUAAAAAAGGAACUUAAGUUGGCUGGGAUUGUACAAGUUUGUGUAACACAGGAGGUUUAAGUCUGGCACAAAUUUCUCAAGGGGCUGCUCUUAUCUUACCUGACCUUCCUGCAAAACUGAAAUCCUGGCUUCUACUUAUCCUCCUCUGGCCUGUAAUGACCUCAGAGACGCAGACAGGCGGAGUAAUUGCCUCGAGGGACUCUCUGUGUUCUACCUCAUUGCAACGGAGUUAUUGGCUGCAGGUCAGCCUCUGAGUCACAGUAAGCCCCCCCUGUCAUCACGCUCCUAUCUGAGCUCAACUCACAGCCAAUCAUUAGACAACCUUUACAAAUAACAAUAGUCUGCAGAGGCUCAGAGACGACAGCGUGCUCAAAGUGACACGAAUUGAAGGAACUGGAUACACAAUGUAAUCAAAGGGGGUGUAAAUGACCCUGAUACAUUCACAGUUAGAAUAUAUUUGUGGGAGGCCUGCACAGAAAGACAAAGAGAAUGAGCAGGGGAAGAUGGGGAAUAAAGAAAUAGAGAUGUGAUUGGCUCCAGAAAAAUAGGAAGACUGUGCUUUCCUGCAAGUCCAAGUCUGAUGUGAUUGUAUUUAAAGACAAAAAAUGCCAACUUUUAUUCCAAAAAACUCCACUGUGAUGUCAGUUAUAGAAAUGCUCAGUGCAUUGCUUUGAAUAAAGGAUGUGUGGGCAAGUGUAUGAAAGAAAAAAGAAAAAUGAAGUUCAAAUGUUAUUCUUCAAUACUGCAGGGAAAUAAA